GUUAGUGAGGAAAGAUGACCUGUCGGAUGAUAUUGACUGUCCCCAACAAUACCGCCUUCUGCAUCCAUGAGAUAGUAUUAGGGUGCAGUUCUAAUUCUUUCAGAUGUUGAACGGUUCUUUUAAGCACAAGUCCAUUGGCACUUAUAAUCAAUGGUAUUAUUUCAACUUUUUUUAGCCUCCACAUAUCUCUUAUCUGCCUUGCCAACAUUUCAUAUUUCCUUAUCUUUUCCGCAUAGGUCUUUCCCAUAUUCUGGUCUAGUGGUACCGCAAAGUCGAUAAUUGUUGCCGUUUUAGUUUUUUUAUUCAUCACCACCAUAUCCGGCCUAUUGUGCUCCGCUCCCAGAUCAGUCAGUAUCGUGAGGUCCCAGUAUAUCUUCGCUUCGUCGUUUUCCACAACUGCUUCCGGAACAUAGAGAUGGUGCGGCGUGAAGUGUUGUAUGAGGUUCUUUUUCAGGCACAUGAGUUGAUGUACCACCUUUCCCUUGUUAUCAUGUCGUGUAAGGUAUCUUGUGCUGGCUACUGCUGAGCAUCCUGCUAGUAGAUGUUGUGUGGUUUCCUCAGCGUUAUUGCACAGUCGACAUUUGGUGUUUUCUACUUGUUGUUUCAUGAUGUGUUUACUGUAAUUUCGGGUUGGUAUAACUUGGUCCUGAAUAGCGAAGAUCGUUCCUUCUGUUUGUGGAAAGAGGUAACCUUGAGUCAGGUAGGUAUUGGAGGCUGCUAUGUCUACGUCUUCCUGGUGCAGGUUUGCGUAGAACCUGCCGUGCAGUUGUUUACUUUGCCAGCUUUGUCUGAGUUGUUCUGCAUGGUUUUCUCUAUCCUGUUCAUCAUCGUUCGUUUCCUGUGUCAUACUUUCCUGUGCUGCUACCCAUUGAUGUAUUGGUAUCUUCGAUGGAACACAAGCCUCGACCUCCCUCUUUUCUGGUUGCAGGUCCGUUUUAGACCAAGCGAGUGUUCCUACUGUGUACGUGAACGACGGAAUAGCCCAGAUGUUUAUGGCCAUUAUUUUGUUUUUAGAGGACAGCUGUGUUUUCAAGAUUAAUUUUACCCUCCUAAGUAAUUCUGUUUUUGCUUGUUCUUUAUUCUCUGUUUGUCUGAUUUCAAAUGAUUGUUGUAUACCCAAAUAUUUAUAUGUUUCCUCAGUGCUUAGAUUAUUUAUUUCUCUACCAUCCCUUAGCCUCAUGUUCUCCUCUUCCACCAUCUUCCCUCUU